UGUUGCUCAGGAGUUGAACGGUUUAGACCCGAAUUUCGAUGGUGGUCAACCAUCAGCCGGACCAACUAAUUCCAACAAUUCGGCUGCGUCUCCUGGUCCGCAACUCUCAGCCCCAAAUGUCACCCGAGCAGGCCCUACGGUAAUGUCUCUCCCAGGAAACCAACCCGUGGGAUUUAACCGUUCUACAAAUGCCAUGUCAGCAUCACCAAAUUCACUCUUAGUGCGCAGAGCUACUGUGACAGUUCCUGCUCAUGUUAGAGGAGAGCUGAAUACCGCCAUUAUCGGGCUUGGGGACAAUGGUGGUUACGGUGGUGGUUGGUCCAUCUGCUGAUAAUACACUUGACAGUCACAAUACACCUACAAAUACAGAACAUCAAGAGUUGCAAUUCAUUCGAUUUGUGACUAAAGGAACAAUUACGACUUCUACACCUAAUAGCACACCAUAUUGGAUACCCGAUGUUGAUGCUGAAUACAUCCCUAUUAUAAACAGUACGUUUAACAGUUGGGAGUACGUUGAAUCCAAUGAUACUGAUGAAGAUGUUGAUGAUGAUGCUAAAGACCCUGCAUAUAUAUAUAUGAACCUGAGUAACCUCGUAGACAUUCAUCCAGGCGUCAUAAAACAUUCAACGAUUCUUGAUUAUCCUAUAUAUAAUGACAAAUAGUUUCUAAUCAUUAUUCUUUUUGUUUACAAACAUUUUGCACUGUCUGUAUACGUAUUCAUAUGUUAUGAUUGUGAUCAUGAUACUUUGAUAUCAAUUAAAUUACUUA